AUGACGGAAUCAGUGCCGCAAAAACAAGUUGCCCCAAAAAAACAGAAGAGAGAAAAAAAAGAGAAAAAACCAGCUUCGCAAAAAAAAGAAGGUCCCUCCACCCUAGAUGUGAUCAAGGAAUGCAUUCGGUCGAAAAAAGAUCGAAAAGGAACAUCUCGCCAGACAAUUCUCAAGUACGUUUGUGAUGUGACGCACCAUGAUGUGGACCAACGAAUGAGAAGCCUAGUGAAUCGUGUUUUGAAAGCCGGUGUUGAAAAGAAAAAGCUGCAAUUGGUCGGUGCUCGUUAUAAAAUAGCAGGGACGUCCUCGGAGACGAAAAAAACGUGA